AUGAUUUCAUUUGCUUCCAUUUGCGAGUGGCUCGAUCUUACAACACUCCAAUAUCACUGGCAGGUGGUGGUGAUCUCAGCUCUUUUGUGCAGUAUUCUCUUUGAAGUAUCGCAAUCAUUAUCACCGCUUCUCUUUCCGAAAGCCUUCCAGCAUUUCAAAGGCUAUACUCCAACCAACUGGCACAUUCACGUUGUCUCAACACUCCAUGCUGUCAUUAUCACGAUCGGCUCACUCGUAAUCUUGUCCGAUGGCAAUCUCUCACAAAACCGGGUUUUCGGAUAUAGCCCAUUCGCUGCCAACAUCUAUUCGAUAUCAUGCGGGUACUUUGUGUGGGACGUAAUUACGGCCAUCUUGUAUAUCAAAAACCAAGGCGUCAGUAUGGUGUGCCAUGGUGUGGCUGCUUUCCUUGUCCUCUUUCUUUCUUAUCGUCCCUUUAUCAAUUACUACGGAGCAGUAUUCUUGUUGUACGAAGCUAGUACCCCAUUCUUGAACUUCAAUUGGUUUAUGGAUAAGCUUGGUUGGACCGGGAGCAAGGCACAACUCGUGAAUGGCAUCUUCCUUAUCUCAAUCUUCUUUUUGGCUCGUAUCGUUUUUGGAUUCUACAUGAGCUAUUGGUUAUGGGUUGACAUUUGUGCUGUCAAGGAUUUGGUACCUCUACGAUAUUGGAUCGUGUAUUUUGCAGCCAAUGCAAUGACCAGCUUCCUCAAUGUAUACUGGUUUGGCUUGAUGAUUCGAUCUCUACGCAAACGGUUCGAUUCCGAUGCAAGCACCACCACCAACAACAACAUCAACAACAGGAACCUUGAUUCAGCAGCAGCAGCAAACAAGGUGUAG